AGCACUUGUCUCUUUGCCUCCGUCAGGAUGCUACGCUAUCGAGCGCCAUGAUGAUCCUUUUCAAAGCUUCGACUGGGUUUUACCGUUGUUUGCCAUAUGUCUGAAGGCAUUUAUCGUGUCAAUGUUCUCGGCUUUUAGUCAUGAGUUGCUAUUUUCUCCUCCUUGAUGCAGAGACAGUUCGGCCCCCAAAUUCUUGUAUACUUUUAUGUUUCUUUUUUCUUUUCUGCGGCUUUCCUUUUUCUUAUCUUGCUCAUAUAUCCCACUCCCUUUUCUCUGUUCUCUCUAGUCCCUGAUUCUCUUGGGACCUGAAAGUUGUGGUAUCAACAACCCACAAGACAACAUCUAAAUGACGAAAUCCCAACACUGGUCGAGGACCAACCUCAUCGCCGCACUUCAUAUAACUUGUACCAUCGCUGCAACAACUACUCACCCUCCGUGGUUCAACGGAUACUACGUGCACUAUGCGGGUGGCAACACGCAAACCGAUACCAUCAGCUGUGAAAAGACAUCGUCAUUCUCCACCUCAGGAUCUUACGCCAACUGCUGCGGCACUAAAGGCGAGGAAUGUCCCAUGCCGACGACCUGUCUCGAUCACACGGUGUAUAUGGAUAACGGCGCAUACUACAAAUGCGGCACAUCCAGCGAAUGCGCCACCAUGACCGUCUACGAAACGUACCCGUUCGGCGAACCCUUCGUCAAAAACGUCUUCUGCUGGCCCAACUGGGACGCCAACACCGUCUACCGCCAACUCCCCACCUUCCCGACUGCCACCUCCGCAACAACAGCAACGACAUCAGGCCGCACCGCGUCCGCCGGCUCCACGGUCCUCCAAGCAACCGCCAGCAGCACGAGCAGCAGCCACGCCGACUCUGACUCGGGCUCCGACUCCAGCAAAUCCACGAACAAGGGCUGGAUUGCCGGCGCCGUGGUCGGGCCUGUCUGCGGCAUCGCGCUGGGCUUGUUUGGCGUCUGGGUGGGAUAUCGCAAGGUGCAGAAGGCACGCGCCAUGCAGGCUGAGGCGGCGAUGGCGUCGCAUGCCGCGCAGGCGCAGGCUCAGGCACGGGGUAUGCAGGGCAGGUGGUUUCCGCAGGAGGCGUAUGGGAGGGGGGUGUAUGCGCAGCAGCACGUGGAAUUAGAUUCAUCGAGUGUACAUCAGAAACCUUGA